AUGCUCUCUUACGGAUCCGUCGCCGUUGCCAUCGUCAACCGCCAGGUCGUUCUUGUGACCGCUGCGCAUCCACAUGAUCAACGCGAUCGCUACCUCGACGUUUACACCUAUACCUCCGCCGGUCGCGGCGUCUUCCUCGCUACCCAAGCUCCUUGCGCGCGAAUUGCCGCAAAAGACCUGCUUGUCGUUUUCCCGGAUGAAGACGCCUACUUCAUGCCCGCGCGCGACGUUCUUGAGCUUCCAAUGCAGGCAUACCACGAAUAUGUCUACUUGCGCGAACGCCUAGUGGCGCAGGCGCAGCGUAAAUGGCACGAGCGCAAGCUCUGGGCUGCCUGGAAGGGCAAGUUCAUGUGA